UUCGAUCCCCGAGAGAUCGAUUUCUACCCGCCGAUUCAGGCGGGUAGUGUAGACCUAGCCUGAGUCACUUUCCUUUCUUCUCCCAUCCUUUCAUUCCCUCAUUCAUUCCGACGUUUGUUCUUUCCUCCCCUUGUUCCUUAACUCGUUUUUCUUUCUAUUCUUUUUUUCUGUCCCCUUUGCUUUUGCACCCACGUUAUUUCUAUUUUUAUCCAUUUUUUCUUUCCUUCUUUCUAUCCAUUUUUUCGUUCUUUCCUCCAUUUUUAUCGUGGUUUUCUUUCUAUCCUUGAAUUUCCCUUUUGCUUUCUUUCUUCUGUCCAUUUUCUUUCCUUUUCCCAUUUCUUUUAUUCAUUCUUUCGUCUGAUGUCUUUGUUUGUUUUCUUUCCCUCUCCCCACCCCGGCUCUCCUGCACACACCCCCGUCACACCCCUCACUCCCCGUCAGGAUGACCCAAGAGGAAGGCUCUGGCGUCGUUCUCACAUCACAGCUGGGCUGGGACAGGGUGACUCACGGGCAGGAAUUCCCGCCCCAGCCCCGAGGCCAGUGCCAUAUAAACCCCGAACCCGUCCCGCCCCGAGCAGAUGUCUCCCAGUCCCAGCGCCCAGCCGCACAGCCCAGAGGGCACCAUGGUGAAGUUCGGGGCAGGCCUCAAGCCUGUGGAUCCAGCCCGUGGCUCCGGCUUGCUCUGCUCGGCUUGUGGCUUCCUGCUCAUCCGGCCCCAGCAGACAGAGUGUGGCCAUCGGUACUGUGCCGCCUGCGUGCAGCGACUGCUGGGGGACACAGACAAGGUGACCUGCUGCAUUUGUAACAAGAGACUGAGCCCCAACCAGUUUUACAAGGACCGAGCAGCCGAGAAAGACGCUCUCAGCACGGCCGUGACCUGCCCCAGAGCCAGCUGCAGCUGGACGGGGACCCUGGCGUCCUACCUGGAGCACCUCUGCCCCCCGGCGGCGAUUCCCGUCCCGGAGGAGAAGUCAGCUCUGAAGGACCUGGAGUCCCACGCGAUGGACCCCCCGUCCCCGGAGCUCCAGCGGCGGAUACAGCAGCUGGAGGUUAUGGUGACGUCCUUGCGCCGGGAGCUGCAGAGCCAGGCCGGCGCCAUGGAAGCUCUGCGGCGUCGGUGCCUCCAGGACCAGCCGUCCCCGGGGAUCUCCAUGGAGCCGUCCAGCUGCUCCCAUGGGGCUCGGGGGGCCGUGGCGACGUCCCCGGAGCUGGCCAGCACCGACGGGACCCUGGUCUGGAAGCUCCAAGGGUUCUCCAAGCCGCUGGGGGACGCCAAGGCCGGGAGGAGAGCGUCCAUCUAUUCCUCGGUCUUCGCCACCCACCCCUUCGGCUACCGGCUCUGCCUCCGGCUCUACCCGGACGGGGAUGGGGCCGGCCAGGGGACCCACCUCUCGCUGUUCAUGGCCUUGGCCAAGGGGCCCUACGAUGAUCUCCUGCCUUGGCCUUUCCUCUGCAAGGUCACCUUCUAUCUCCUGGAUCCCUGGCGGCGGAGGCCCGCCCUGAGGGAGACGUUCGCCCCUGACCCCUGCAGCACGUCCUUCCAGCAGCCCCGGGGCCAGCUCAACGUGGCUAGCGGCAGCCCCCUCUUUGCCCCCCAUGGACAGCUCCAAAACUACCUCAAAGAUGACACCCUCUAUGUCAAGGUGGUGGUGGACACGUCCGGGAUGGAGGUGUGAGCUUUGGGGGUGGGGGGUUCCUCUGCCCCCAUAGCCUCCUGACUCUUCCUAUUCCUCCCUCAGCCCCCCUAAAGCUCUGACCCCCAAUGCUGCCCCCUACCACCCUCCAGCUCUCCCGCCAAAGACUUAGAAACAGCUUUCCUUGCGCGUUAGCGGCUCGGAAACCUUCCAGCUGCCAGAGGGUUAACGUAGUGGAAGUUACCCUUGUGGCUUAGAACACUACACACUUGUUGGGCUUUUAAAGCUAAGCGGGGGGGGGCCUGUUCUGAGACCAGAUGGGGGACCUGAGGACCCCCCCCCCCCCAUGCUCAGCAGGGACUGGGCUGUUUGGGGGCUUGGAGGGGAGGGAGACGUUGAGUUGAGCAGGCUCUGGGCUGUUUGAGUCAGUGGAGGGGAGCCAGACCCCAAUGCUCAGCGGGGCCUGGCUGGUUUGUGCAGGCGGAUGGGAGACUAAUUUGCCGGCCACUGGGUUGUCUUGCUUCUCUGGCUGAUGAUAAUUGAUAACCGUUAAUAACGACCCGAGCUGCACACAGGACGGCGGCGUUCACGGGUUUCUCUAAGCAAUGAAUUGUCUAUUUAUCUAUUUAUGUAUUUAUUGGCCGGCUGCUGGUGCCCUGGGCCGAGUCGUUCCCCCGGGGGAAGGAGGAGUCUGUGUGUGCGUGUGCGUGUGUGUGUGUGUGUGCGUGUGUGAAGCACAAUUAAUCCGGCCCCUGUGCACAGUCACUGGCCUAGGACACGUCCAGCUCCCUCACCCCGUAUUUAUCGUCAGCGUUUGGUUUAUUUAUUGUGUGAUAUUGUAAUAAAAAUCUCUG